AAAGUUUGAUAAGAGGGUACAUCAAUGUCCCUAGGUUGAAAUCAACAUUUGCCAAACGAGAACAAGGGCUUGUGUAACCGCUUUCAGUAUCAAAGUUAACCAAUUGCAAAAUAAUAAAUGAGUUUGUUCUGUGUAUAAACGUUUUGUCAAGUAAGGUUUAUAUGAGUACACCACAUCAACUUCCCUUGAAACCCCUAAAGGAGCCCUAAACAAUUGCUUGCAAAUGAUGGUUCAAUGACUGCGAUAAUUGCCUAGUGAUAAUCGUCUCUCGUCAAGGGAGCUUCGCUUAGAAUUAGACACGCCUUGUCUGCGUCAUCAGGGAAAUUUGGUUGUCUUUCUGCUUGUUCUGAAAGAAAUUUUACAAGACGGAUCUACGUCUCAGUUACGGAGAAUCCCUGUUUACUUUGACAUACAAUCCGUCGGGGUGUAAUCGCAAUCUCUUGUCACCAUGCCGGUCUGUUACAGCGGAAACCGUUUCAGUUGGCCCCGGGUGCCGAGGGCUUUCACGGCCACAGAUUCACCCCUCCAACCAGCCACGGAUCCACUGCCACAAGAAGCAUGUUUACCACAUCCAGGUCUUCUGGUUUACAGCUGGUAAUAGAUGAUUUAGAGAUGGAAACCGAGGCGGAAAGCACGUCCGGUGGUGAACUACAGGGGCGUAAAGACAACCGUGUGGCGCCGGCUGUUUUGGACAGUAGUAAAGACGCCGGUCAGGGGUUACCACAGAAUGGACCUCUCUCGCCUGCCAAGACUUCGGCUGUGGCGUCGGACAACGGAGACCACCACAGUGGUGUCGAAAACGGCAGUGUUCCGAGCAACAGUGACGUACGGCAUGACAGGAGGAGACCGGAUGGAGGGGAGUUACAGCGGGUGUCCAGCGUCAUGUCCAAUCAGGUGCCUGAUGACAAGGCCAUGGAAGAUGACGUCAGGAACUUCCUCAAGACCCUCGCUAAGAACGGGCUGAGAGAGAAGGUGUUUUACGUGGCGGCGGUGUGUAGUCUGGUGGUGGUGGCGUUCGGCCUGCUCGCCUUACAGUGGCUCAUCCCGUACUACUUUGCCGUCUCCGCCCCGGUCCUCAUAGGACUCAGACUCUAUUUGUACUGCACCAAGAAGUGGCAGUACUUCCUGCUGGACUUCUGUUAUUUCGGAAACGCCAUUACAUAUGUCUACAUUUGGGCAGCUCCGGCGGAGCCUAGAGUGUUCCAGAUUGUUUUUGCUAUCGCCAACGGUCCUCUCGUCAUAGCGGUUUUCUUUUUCCGCAACUCCAUCGUCUUUCACAGCAUAGACAGAAUGACGUCAGUCUUCAUCCACUCGCUGCCUGCUUACGUCACCUAUGGAGUGCGGUGGUACUCUCCCCAAAUAUCUGUGAAUUGGUACACACCUUUCCCUGCUGAGACGGAGUUCCAGGACCCCUCCUUCAUCUGGCUGCUCGCCGUGCCACUCGCCUGCUAUGUCGGCCAUGCCUUGUUAUACGCAGUGGUCGUCAACGGCAUCCUCAGACCCAGCCCGGAGUACUGGAACAGUUAUCGGUUCUUCACAGCCAAGAAGAACAGCGUUUGGUACAAGGUUCUCAAUAUGUUUGGCCCAAAAUUUUUGUACUUCAACUACAACAUCCUGAACGUGUUGAUAUGCCUGGCGUCCAUGCUGCUGUGCCAGGUGUGGUACAGAUGGUUCAUCGCGCACGCCGUCUUCCUGGCCGUGGCGUUCGUCAUCAAGGCUUGGAACGGCGCCACCUUCUACAUGGAUGUGUUCAGGUUGGGGAAGGGCGGCUCGGACUGGGACUGACGGUCUCUACCUCUUGUUGUGCAGCCUGGAUACCAGCCUUUUUAGCUUUAGCACGCUCUCUCGGUCGCCUUACUGCUAAUCUGAGAGGGAAUGUAAAUAGGAAGUUUUGUACAGGACCCGGAGCCAGCUGCUUAUGUCACGUUUUAAGGGACAACAUAUUUGAAGGCUAGGUGGUGAUGUGGUGACGACUGUGAAACUGCUUUGGUCGUGAGAAACACACCUUGACAUCACCAUUACAUCCUCAAUACUUGUACGUGGACUACGGUACUACAGCGCUGCAGGCAAUAUAAUUACCGAAGUCACCUAUUCCUAACUUCUGGUGGCCUUAAUGAUCUGCAAUAUGACUCACACGCACAGAAAUGUACAUAGCGUAAACAUUGUAUUUCUACAGGGUUCGAUUACACGGGCACUCUGUACCGGUUGUUUUAUAUUGUAGAUAUAGUACGAAAUAGUAUGUACAGCGUAUAUUUUAAAAGAUCUGUCUUCAACUUGGAACUCGAUACAUUAUCUUAACCUUCUAGGUUCACAUGACGUAUACAUGUAAAUAUCUAAGCUCAGGUGUUUGAUUGUAAGUACGCACGCAAUAAUCA